AGUCGACCGGUCAUGGGUAGGCCGCCGUGCUGCGACAAGGUGGGCGUGAAGAAGGGUCCGUGGACGCCGGAGGAGGACAUCAUCCUGGUGUCCUACAUCCAGGAGAACGGCCCCGGCAACUGGCGGUCGGUGCCGGUGAGCACCGGCCUGAUGCGAUGCAGCAAGAGCUGCCGCCUCCGCUGGACCAACUACCUCCGCCCCGGCAUCAAGCGCGGCAACUUCACGCCCCACGAGGAAGGCGUCAUCGUCCACCUCCAGUCGCUCCUCGGCAACAGAUGGGCGGCGAUCGCGUCGUACCUGCCGCGGAGGACGGACAACGACAUCAAGAACUACUGGAACACGCACCUCAAGAAGAAGCUCAGGAAGCAGCAGGCCAUGGGCGCCAUCUUCGCGGCGCCUCAGGGUCCGGGGUCCUCCUCCGCCACAGCAGCAGACGGCAAUUUCGACCAACAUCAACACCAUGACAUGAUCUCCAAGGUCGACUACGGCUACGGCGCUGCCGACAACACGGAGGUCUCGCAGCUGAUCGCCCGGCGUCCACACUCACCCUUCGCCGCCGACGCCGCCACCGACGUCUGCUCCUCGUCGUCCUACGCCUCCAGCGUGGACAACAUAUCCAAGCUGCUAGACGGCUUCAUGAAGAGCUCCCAGCUGCCGCCGCUGCAGAACUACUCCGACGGCGACGACGUCAAGCCCCGCGUCAGCCCUCUGCUGUCCUUCGACGGCAUGUCCGGCACCGGCAGCAGCGCGGAGACGAGCUUCACCGCCAGCGUGCAGCAGCCGGCCUCGAUCGGAGGCGCCGUCAGCUAUGACGACGAGACCAAGCAGAAGCUGCAGGCUCAUCAGGCGCCUCUGUGCUCGAUCGAGCAGUGGCUGUUCGAUGAGGCCGCGGAGCUGGAGCUCUCCGAUGAGUGCUACUCCGUUCCAAUGCUAUUCUAGCUCGGACAA